CAGAAUACGUGACAACCGACUCAAACGGCCACCGUUCCAUCGCAACAACUACUUAUAAGAUGCCAGCAGACUCAGACGUCUAUUCAUCAGCCUCCGACAUGUUCCCGUCUGGCUCUGGCUCCAUGGCCUACUCCACUGGCAACAAGGAUGUCUACACCACCACCGUUGUCUCUGGUUCAUCCACCGAAACAGACGUCGUGUCUAAGUUCAGCACCACGGAUUCCAAUGGUGUACCUUCCACCGGUACUACCACCUACAGAGUCUCUGCUGGUUCUUCUGACAUGUACUCGUCGGCCUCUGGCAUGUACUCGUCGGCCUCUGGCUUGUAUUCUUCAGCCUCCGACAUGUACUCGUCAUCUGAAACUGAUGGUAUGUAUUCUGCUGAUUCCUCUGAAGUUUCGGAUUCUUACUCGUUAGAUCCAUACACCACUACAAUCAUGUACGGUUCUUCUGGUGAAACUGACGUUGUAUCAGAAUACGUGACAACCGACUCAAACGGCCACCGUUCCAUCGCAACAACUACUUAUAAGAUGCCAGCAGACUCAGACGUCUAUUCAUCAGCCUCCGACAUGUACUCGUCUGGCUCUGGCUCCAUGGCCUACUCCACUGGCAACAAGGAUGUCUACACCACCACCGUUGUCUCUGGUUCAUCCACCGAAACAGACGUCGUGUCUAAGUUCAGCACCGCGGACUCCAAUGGUGUACCUUCCACCGGUACUACCACCUACAGAGUCUCUGCUGGUUCUUCUGACAUGUACUCGUCGGCCUCUGGCAUGUACUCGUCGGCCUCUGGCAUGUACUCGUCGGCCUCUGGCAUGUACUCGUCGGCCUCUGGCUUGUAUUCUUCAGCCUCCGACAUGUACUCGUCAUCUGAAACUGAUGGUAUGUAUUCUGCUGUUUCCUCUGAAGUUUCGGAUUCUUACUCGUUAGAUCCAUACACCACUACAAUCAUGUACGGUUCUUCUGGUGAAACUGACGUUGUAUCAGAAUACGUGACAACCGACUCAAACGGCCACCGUUCCAUCGCAACAACUACUUAUAAGAUGCCAGCAGACUCAGACGUCUAUUCAUCAGCCUCCGACAUGUUCUCGUCUGGCUCUGGCUCCAUGGCCUACUCCACUGGCAACAAGGAUGUCUACACCACCACCGUUGUCUCUGGUUCAUCCACCGAAACAGACGUCGUGUCUAAGUUCAGCACCACGGAUUCCAAUGGUGUACCUUCCACCGGUACUACCACCUACAGAGUCUCUGCUGGUUCUUCUGACAUGUACUCGUCGGCCUCUGGCAUGUAUUCUUCAGCCUCUGGCUUGUAUUCUUCAGCCUCUGGCUUGUAUUCUUCAGCCUCCGACAUGUACUCGUCUGGCUCUGGCUCCAUGGCCUACUCCACUGGCAACAAGGAUGUCUACACCACCACCGUUGUCUCUGGUUCAUCCACCGAAACAGACGUCGUGUCUAAGUUCAGCACCACGGACUCCAAUGGUGUACCUUCCACCGGUACUACCACCUACAGAGUCUCUGCUGGUUCUUCUGACAUGUACUCGUCGGCCUCUGGCAUGUACUCGUCGGCCUCUGGCUUGUAUUCUUCAGCCUCCGACAUGUUCUCGUCUGGCUCUGGCUCCAUGGCCUACUCCACUGGCAACAAGGAUGUCUACACCACCACCGUUGUCUCUGGUUCAUCCACCGAAACAGACGUCGUGUCUAAGUUCAGCACCACGGACUCCAAUGGUGUACCUUCCACCGGUACUACCACCUACAGAGUCUCUGCUGGUUCUUCUGACAUGUACUCGUCGGCCUCUGGCAUGUACUCGUCGGCCUCUGGCAUGUACUCGUCGGCCUCUGGCAUGUACUCGUCGGCCUCUGGCAUGUACUCGUCGGCCUCUGGCAUGUACUCGUCGGCCUCUGGCUUGUAUUCUUCAGCCUCCGACAUGUACUCGUCAUCUGAAACUGAUGGUAUGUAUUCUGCUGUUUCCUCUGAAGUUUCGGAUUCUUACUCGUUAGAUCCAUACACCACUACAAUCAUGUACGGUUCUUCUGGUGAAACUGACGUUGUAUCAGAAUACGUGACAACCGACUCAAACGGCCACCGUUCCAUCGCAACAACUACUUAUAAGAUGCCAGCAGACUCAGACGUCUAUUCAUCAGCCUCCGACAUGUUCCCGUCUGGCUCUGGCUCCAUGGCCUACUCCACUGGCAACAAGGAUGUCCACACCACCACCGUUGUCUCUGGUUCAUCCACCGAAACAGACGUCGUGUCUAAGUUCAGCACCACGGAUUCCAAUGGUGUACCUUCCACCGGUACUACCACCUACAGAGUCUCUGCUGGUUCUUCUGACAUGUACUCGUCGGCCUCUGGCAUGUACUCGUCGGCCUCUGGCUUGUAUUCUUCAGCCUCCGACAUGUACUCGUCAUCUGAAACUGAUGGUAUGUAUUCUGCUGUUUCCUCUGAAGUUUCGGAUUCUUACUCGUUAGAUCCAUACACCACUACAAUCAUGUACGGUUCUUCUGGUGAAACUGACGUUGUAUCAGAAUACGUGACAACCGACUCAAACGGCCACCGUUCCAUCGCAACAACUACUUAUAAGAUGCCAGCAGACUCAGACGUCUAUUCAUCAGCCUCCGACAUGUACUCGUCUGGCUCUGGCUCCAUGGCCUACUCCACUGGCAACAAGGAUGUCUACACCACCACCGUUGUCUCUGGUUCAUCCACCGAAACAGACGUCGUGUCUAAGUUCAGCACCACGGACUCCAAUGGUGUACCUUCCACCGGUACUACCACCUACAGAGUCUCUGCUGGUUCUUCUGACAUGUACUCGUCGGCCUCUGGCAUGUACUCGUCGGCCUCUGGCUUGUAUUCUUCAGCCUCCGACAUGUACUCGUCUGGCUCUGGCUCCAUGGCCUACUCCACUGGCAACAAGGAUGUCUACACCACCACCGUUGUCUCUGGUUCAUCCACCGAAACAGACGUCGUGUCUAAGUUCAGCACCACGGAUUCCAAUGGUGUACCUUCCACCGGUACUACCACCUACAGAGUCUCUGCUGGUUCUUCUGACAUGUACUCGUCGGCCUCUGGCAUGUACUCGUCGGCCUCUGGCUUGUAUUCUUCAGCCUCCGACAUGUACUCGUCUGGCUCUGGCUCCAUGGCCUACUCCACUGGCAACAAGGAUGUCUACACCACCACCGUUGUCUCUGGUUCAUCCACCGAAACAGACGUCGUGUCUAAGUUCAGCACCACGGACUCCAAUGGUGUACCUUCCACCGGUACUACCACCUACAGAGUCUCUGCUGGUUCUUCUGACAUGUACUCGUCGGCCUCUGGCAUGUACUCGUCGGCCUCUGGCAUGUACUCGUCGGCCUCUGGCAUGUACUCGUCGGCCUCUGGCAUGUACUCGUCGGCCUCUGGCAUGUACUCGUCGGCCUCUGGCUUGUAUUCUUCAGCCUCCGACAUGUACUCGUCAUCUGAAACUGAUGGUAUGUAUUCUGCUGUUUCCUCUGAAGUUUCGGAUUCUUACUCGUUAGAUCCAUACACCACUACAAUCAUGUACGGUUCUUCUGGUGAAACUGACGUUGUAUCAGAAUACGUGACAACCGACUCAAACGGCCACCGUUCCAUCGCAACAACUACUUAUAAGAUGCCAGCAGACUCAGACGUCUAUUCAUCAGCCUCCGACAUGUACUCGUCUGGCUCUGGCUCCAUGGCCUACUCCACUGGCAACAAGGAUGUCCACACCACCACCGUUGUCUCUGGUUCAUCCACCGAAACAGACGUCGUGUCUAAGUUCAGCACCGCGGACUCCAAUGGUGUACCUUCCACCGGUACUACCACCUACAGAGUCUCUGCUGGUUCUUCUGACAUGUACUCGUCGGCCUCUGGCAUGUACUCGUCGGCCUCUGGCAUGUACUCGUCGGCCUCUGGCAUGUACUCGUCGGCCUCUGGCUUGUAUUCUUCAGCCUCCGACAUGUACUCGUCAUCUGAAACUGAUGGUAUGUAUUCUGCUGUUUCCUCUGAAGUUUCGGAUUCUUACUCGUUAGAUCCAUACACCACUACAAUCAUGUACGGUUCUUCUGGUGAAACUGACGUUGUAUCAGAAUACGUGACAACCGACUCAAACGGCCACCGUUCCAUCGCAACAACUACUUAUAAGAUGCCAGCAGACUCAGACGUCUAUUCAUCAGCCUCCGACAUGUACUCGUCUGGCUCUGGCUCCAUGGCCUACUCCACUGGCAACAAGGAUGUCUACACCACCACCGUUGUCUCUGGUUCAUCCACCGAAACAGACGUCGUGUCUAAGUUCAGCACCACGGACUCCAAUGGUGUACCUUCCACCGGUACUACCACCUACAGAGUCUCUGCUGGUGCUGUUAUUAGUGAUCUUUAUUCCUCAAGUACAAGUUUAUUUUCAUACUCUGAGGAGCAGCCCUCUAUGGCUGCUCCAUUUACUUCCAAAUCUUCAAUAACUGCACCUCUAGUAAGUAGUUUGCGUUCUCAGUAUUCGAGUGUAGAUGCUGAGCACAGGUCUAGAAUUCAUACUCGAUUAUGUUCACCAAUAACUAUUACUUCAAACCAGAUUACUGGACAUUUGAAUCCUGAUAUUUCACUCUCUAAAAGCUCUACUGCUUCUACUACAUGUUCCACUUGUAUUAGCGAAAUAAGUUCGUCACUCCAACCUUCUGAUACUUUAAGUUCAGUGCUGUACUCUUCGGAUAUUAUGCAUUCCACAUAUUCAUACAAUGGUCAUUCUUCCCAUAAUACACCAACUUCUCUAUCUAAGAGUCAAGAUUUAUCAAGAACGAUAGCAAUAAAUUCAGUUCACCACAUAUCUUUUAGUUCAGAAACUUACCAAAGUUCUUCGACUGUAAUUCAAUCAUCUGUAAAUUUUGUUACAACUUCUACUUUGAUUUCAGAAAAUUCAAUUAACUCUGCAUGGUUAUUUAGUCCAACUUUAUCCUCUCCUUCCUUGUUAUUAACAUUAUCUACAGCUACUUCUACAGCUACUCCCACAACUAUUUCAUCAACUUUUAUAUCUACUAAUAUACAAGAAAGUACAGGGUUAUCUACUUUGAUGACUGCUUCCACAUCACACACGCUAUCGGUUAUAUCGCGUCCAUCAGCACUUUAUACCACUGUUACUGGUUCUUCAUUAACCUUUAGAGAAUUACAAUCAUCUGAUUCAGUAUUGGAUCACAGUGAUCAUCCAAUAACUGGAGUUGCAACUGUUAUUACUUCUAAAGAAACAUAUGUUUCCAUUUCACCUUUAGGAUCCACAGGCAAUAGUCAAAUUGUAGAACCUACGGCUAUUGUUGGGAGUUCAAGUUCUGAAGAACAAUCUCCAAUGGCUACUUCGACAAAACAAUUUUCCCUCCCAAGCCCUUAUACUUCUGUAGUGACUUACCAAACUUUUACUUUCAGCGAAAUUAUUUCAUUUUUCUCUACAACUGAUUUUGAAAAUAAUCUGCUAACAGCAAGCUCAGUAUACAUAUUGAGUCCAACCACUACUCGUUCUAACAUUUGGAGGAACAAUACUAACAUUCUCUCUUCUUCCUUUAUUUCACCUCAACUUCCUCCACCUUAUGCAACAAUGAUUUCAAAUGAUCACACAAGUGAAACAGGGAUUGUAUCCUUUUAUUCAACUACUGAAGGUGAUGGACGUAUUAGUGCAGCUGUUACAACAUUUUAUCCAGACCAUAAAUCAGACCAAAAUAGCCCAGUUAUUGUGCCACCUACUCUAAGAAAACCAACACAGCAAACGUCUUCAAUAACUCAAGUACAAACUAAAAAGCAGACAAGAUAUCCUACUUCUCCUGCUUCUCCUGCUUCUCCUGCUUCUCCUACUUCUCCUACUUCUCCUACUUCUCCUACUUCUCCUACUUCUCCUACUUCUCCUACUUCUCCUACUUCUCCUACUUCUCCUACUUCUCCUACUUCUCCUACUUCUCCUGCUUCUCCUACUUCUCCUACUUCUCCUACUUCUCCACGUAACCAGCAAAAUCAACCUAAUAUUCCACCUUAUCCAAAUCAACCAAGUAACACAGUUAAGAAUUUAUCAGGGUAUUCAUCUACAUCUAAUGGUAAUCAACUUAUCCAAACUGAUUCUGAUACUUCCGGAUUGCAGGAACUAAAUUCAAAUAUCCAAAAUCCAAAGAGACCAAAUGGAUUAAUUAAUUCUUCCGGCCCUGUUUCUCAGAAUACAUUACGUACACAAAUUAGGCAGACUACAGUAGCUUCGAUCACUAAAGACAGUGAUUUACCAAGUAUCACUAAAGCUCCAUAUCCUGUAGCUAAUGAAGGGUUCACUUCAGAUAUAAAUAAGCCUCAGGAAAUACCUACAACUCCAAAUGAAAUUGGACAUAUUACAGUACUAUAUGAGGGUUCUGCAAGCACUUUGAAUUUUGAUGUAUUCAAAGUUGCUUUAGUAUAUUUAUUUUAUUUCCUAUGGAUCUAA